CUGAGAAAGAGUCAACGAAAGCCCUAAUCUGUUUUCGGACAGAGACAGUACCUUCCUCCUGUUGUCAUCAUCAUCAAAAUUCGUGUCUCCAUUCCACACUUAUGGUCGAUUCCCAAAACUGUGUAAACCUGCAUUAAUUUGAUGCUCAAAAAUCUCUGUCUACUUGGGAGGCGGCCAUCUCUUCUUAAAAGUCUCCCAACUUUAGGGUUUUAAAAGGGGUUUUUCACAGAUCUCGAAACCUCCUCCUCGGUCUAUAAUCGCUUGACUCUAUUAUCAUCAAUCCAGAUUCGCACAAUUACUAUAGAUUCGUCGUCUCCUUGGUGGGUUUAGCUUUUAAUUCGAGCGAUGGCGGAUGAGAAGAAAGACGGCGGACGUCUGAGCGACGCAAGCGAUUACUCGUCGGAGGACGAAGGAACAGAGGAUUACAGGAGAGGAGGCUACCACGCGGUUCGAGUGGGCGAUACGUUCAAGAACGGAUCUUAUGUCAUUCAGAGUAAGCUUGGUUGGGGUCACUUCUCCACUGUUUGGCUCGCUUGGGACACUCUCAAAUCCCGUUAUGUAGCUUUGAAAAUCCAGAAGAGUGCUCAGCACUACACGGAGGCAGCAAUGGACGAGAUCAAAAUCCUGAAACAGAUUGCGGAAGGUGACGCUGGAGAUACCAAGUGCGUUGUGAAGCUUCUUGAUCAUUUCAAGCACGCCGGUCCUAACGGGCAGCAUGUGUGCAUGGUCUUUGAGUAUUUAGGGGAUAACCUCUUGUCUGUUAUCAAGUACAGCGACUACCGUGGUGUCCCUCUCAACAUGGUUAAAGAGCUUUGUUUCCAUAUCUUGGUUGGUUUGGAUUAUCUUCACCGCGAGCUUUCGAUUAUUCACACUGAUAUCAAGCCGGAGAACAUUCUGCUCUGUUCCACCAUCAACCCUGAGGCUGAUGCUCGGAGAAUUGGUGCUCCUCUCGUUCUUCCAACCGGUAAGGACAAGGAUGUUCCCGAGAGGUUAGAUAAACCGAAGAGUUACACGUACAGUGCGGAUAUGACUAAGAAUCAGAAGAAGAAGAUCCGCAAGAAAGCUAGUAAGAAGGUAGUUGUUGAAGAGGAAGCUUCAGAGGGAAACGAGAGAGAUGCAAAAGCAAAUGGAGACUCAAAUGUGGAGAGUUCUGAAAGAGCGAAAGAAGAAGCAGAGAGUGUCAGAGAGGAAAAGAGGAGUCGAGGCAAUAGGAGAGGAAGCAGAGCCACGAGGCAGAAGUUGCUAGCGGAUGUUGAUCGGAAAUGCAAGUUGGUUGAUUUUGGGAAUGCUUGUUGGACUUAUAAGCAGUUUACGAGCGAUAUUCAGACAAGGCAGUACCGAUGUCCUGAGGUUAUUCUUGGCUCAAAGUACUCGACCUCGGCGGAUAUGUGGUCGUUUGCUUGCAUCUGUUUCGAGCUUGCUACUGGAGAUGUUCUGUUUGAUCCUCACAGUGGUGAAAACUAUGAGAGGGAUGAGGAUCACUUGGCAUUGAUGAUGGAGCUUCUAGGAAUGAUGCCACGAAAGAUUGCAUUAGGAGGACGCUACUCGCGGGACUACUUCAACCGACAAGGUGAACUAAGGCACAUAAGGAGGUUGCGGUUUUGGCCACUGAGCAAGGUUUUGAUGGAGAAAUACGAGUUCAGCGAGGAAGACGCGGUUGCUAUGCAAGAUUUCAUCACUCCCAUUCUUGAGUUUGCACCUGACAAGAGACCAACAGCUGCUAAGUGCCUAACGCACCCGUGGUUGAAUCCUGUCCCUAGAUCGCUUAAACCAGCGUCAUCUAGUCCGCAAAAGUCUAAAGAAGAAGAAGAUUCUAAAGAUGAGAAUGGUAGCAAGGAGAAGGAUGAGAGGGAGGCCAUGGAGGUUGGUGUUGGGAAUAUGGCCAUUGAUGGCUCAGAGGCAAAGACCUCAGGAAGAGCUGGUCGUCAAUCUGCUCGUGAUCUUCGCACUUGAGGAAACAGUGCUCCUCACAAAGUUUUGUAUUUGUCUUUUGAAUCACGGAUUUAGAGUGUGUUUGUUUUUUCCUCUCCUUCGGCUUGUAUUGGUAACAAAAGAUUUGAACUUUCAUUCGCUUUCGAACCAAUUGAUAUGAUUCAUUUAUUCAACA